AUGGCCGUGGACACGCUCCGUGGGGGGCCGCUCCACAUCCAGCGGCAGAGGAUGGACGCUGAUCGUCCUGAGCAGUGGGUUGAGAAGAUCCUAUUGAUGUUUGAGAUCCCGCAGGAAAUGGGGUUAAUAGCCAUCGCAGUCCGCCAAACGCAGGGCAAAGGGCGGGGAGCAAACGCUUGGCUGAGCCCCAUGGGAUGCGCUUUGUCCACCCUGCUCAUCUCCAUCCCACUGAGAUCCCAGCUGGGACAGAGAAUCCCAUUCGUCCAGCAUUUGAUGUCCCUGGCCGUGGUGGAGGCGGUGAGGUCCAUCACUGAGUACCAGGAUAUCAACCUACGAGUGAAGUGGCCCAACGAUAUUUAUUACAGUGACCUCAUGAAGCUUGGUGGAGUUCUGGUUAACUCGACACUUUUGGGAGAAACAUUUUAUAUACUCAUCGGCUGCGGAUUUAACGUGAGUAACAGCAACCCUACCAUCUGCAUCAAUGAUCUCAUCACAGAAUACAAUAAACAGCACAGGGCAGAGCUGAAGCCCUUAAGAACCGACAGUCUCAUUGCCAGAACUGUGACCGUGCUGGAGAAACUGAUCGACACAUUUCAGGACAAAGGGCCCAAUGGCGUUCUUCCCCUUUAUUAUAAGUACUGGGUACACAGUGGCCAACGGGUCCGCCUGGGAGGCCUCGAGGGGCCGGAGGUGUGGAUAGUCGGCCUGGAUGACUCCGGGUUCCUUCAGGUCCAAGAGGAGGACGGCGAGGUGGUGACCGUGCAUCCCGACGGCAACUCCUUUGACAUGCUGAGAAACCUGAUCAUCCCCAAACAGCAGUAG